UUUUUUUAGAGUUCUAUGAUUAUCACCUUAUAUCUCCUCAUACUAUGAAUAAAUUUCUUUGUAUCUUUUUUUCUUUAUUUUAGAUGAUGAACCAUCCCAUUUAUCAACAUCACAACGUAAAAAGUAUGAUUUUAAUGCAUCUGUUGUUCAUCGUAUUCAUGAACUUGAUGCUGAAUUAAUUAAUGCAAAAGAAUUGUAUGCAAAAAAAAUAGAAUCAACUAUGACAGAUUAUAAUACAACUGUUCAAAUAGCUCAACAUAUUAAAACACCAUCUUCAUCAAAAAAGACAAAGAUUCAAUCAUUAGAUAAAAAAGCAAUACCAUCAAUUUCUACUCCGAAUGAAUAUUCAUUACAACCAAAUUUACUCAAUGCUCUUUGUGAAGCAACAACAUAUAAUGAAGCUUUUAAAGAAGUUGUUGACCCAGUUGGUGCUAUUGUACCAAAUAAACUUAUGCAAAUUGAACGUCCACCUUAUAAACGUACAGGUGAACGACGUCGUUAUCAUAAAGUAUUUACAAUUCGUACACCAAAACUUCGUAUGUUUCCAAGAUAA